UCAGUGCCGUAAAGCGCCAGCCGCUGUCGUGGAUCGGCGCAUGUUGUCAUGCUGUGAGCUCAAAUCAUGAGAGAUUUCGGGUUAUUAAUAGCGUAAAUGUAUAAACCGGAGCUGCUGGAUAUCAUCUGUCUGCACAGAAACACAGGCUGCUGAAGCUGGUUAUAUGACUAAGCUGCAGAACAGCAUCUUUAAGAGUGACAGAUUCAUAAACCAGUGACUAAUAGAAGUUACAGGUAACGUUACUCAGUAUAUAAGCUCUGUAAGAUCUCGUAGUCCGGUUUCCGUGGGUUUAGAGUUGGUGCUCGCUUCUGUUCUGGUUCUGGUUCGGAUCUGGUUGGGGAUGUUUGUGCUGGUGGAGAUGGUGGACACGGUCCGGAUUCCUCCGUGGAGUUUCCACCGACAGCUGAACGACGCGAUCGCCGAGGAGCUCAACAAGAAACUCGCCAACAAGGUGGUGUAUAAUGUGGGCUUGUGUGUGUGCCUGUAUGACGUCACUAAGCUGGAGGACUCCUACAUCUUUCCCGGAGACGGAGCGUCUCACACUAAAGUUCACUUUCGAUAUGUGGUCUUCCACCCGUUCCUGGAUGAGAUCCUGGUGGGAAAGAUUAAAGGCUGUAGUGCUGAAGGUGUUCAUGUGAGCCUCGGAUUCUUCGAUGACAUCAUAAUCCCGCCAGAGUCGCUACAGCAACCGGCUAAAUUCGAUGAGGCGGAGCAGGUGUGGAUGUGGGAGUACGAGACGGACGAGGGCGCUCACGACCUCUACAUGGACCAGGGCGAGGAGAUCCGCUUCCGGGUGGUGGACGAGGUCUUCAUCGACACCUCGCCCACGGGUCCCAGCGCAGAGAAGGAAGGGCCGAGCACAGCCCCCACAGCGCCACCUGCAGGAGCGGAGGACAGCGCGCAGCAGAAAGAGGCUCCGUACACACUCAUAGGAUCUGUAAGUGAACCAGGUCUGGGUCUUCUGUCCUGGUGGAACAGUUAACGGUCUCAUCUGUGUUGUGAAGCAUGAAAAUCAGCCGAAACUUCUCAUAAGACUCAUCUACACACAGAACUGAAGCUCAAUCAGUGAGCAGCUGGUGCCGGCCAAUAGGAGAUGCUUAAUAAAAGAGCCAUUUAUAAUCAUUUAAAUGGGAUUAAUGUGUUGUAUUGCUGUGUCUUAUGGAGUUUACUUUAUAAAUAAAUUCUAUAAAAAUGUUUAGCAAAUAGUCUUUUUCUGACACUGAAUGGGAUAUUUUCAUGUGAUAAUGUAUAUAUAGUUUUCGGAUUUGUUUUCUCCUGCUUUAUACAACAUUAAAAAUGAAAUGAAAAAAUA